AUGACGAACGAAACGCAUUCUGAAUACGCUAUGCGAUCGAGGAUUGGCCGAUCGUCUUCGGAUCAGGAACGACGUCGGGAUGUGCUAUCAUGUAGAGAUACGGUAAUCGUAGAGAGAAAAGUUAAAGCUGAUGACACACUCAAUAAGAUUGCGAUCCAAUACUCAGUAAAUGUAUCGGAUAUUAAAAGAGUAAAUAAUCUCGUGAAGGACCAAGAUUUCAUAGCCCUAACUGUUGUGAAGAUUCCUAUCAGUCGUAUGAGAUAUGCACUUGGAACCGGCAGCUUCUCGUCAGACGACGAACACAUUAUUGCUCACUUGAUGAUAAAAUGCACUGAUUAUGAUGCCAGUGACUUGCUACUUCCAGAUUUUGAUCAACGUUCUUGCUUACUAAGUGAGGAAAGGAGCUCAAGAGAUCCCAGUGUGGAGGAAAUAUUCAACAAAACUGAUGCCGCUAUUGCCCAAGUAAGGGAGACUCUACCCGAGGAUGGUAUUCCUGGAUCAUUUCAUUUUGUUGAUGCUCGCCCUCCCGAUUCUGUUUGUUCUAUAUGGGGAUUACUUAUUGGUGUGAUAGUAAUAUUCAUGGUAAUUCCUCUGUUGCUCACAUUUUAUGAAGAAACUGAAAAGGAUUCCGAAAAAUGA